AAGCGUACACCAAACGGGAGCGAGGCAGCUGACGAUCGAAGCAGGCAUUCCCUUUGAGCAAAACUUCGAGCUGUGCCCGUCCCGUCUCCCUGACGCUGCCCCACCGGAGUCGUUCCACAGGUUACUCAGAAGCUGCUCGGCGAAGUUGUCGUCUUGAGUCGGCGUGGUGGUCCAACAGGUGUGCCCUCCUGCGAACAGUGAGCAGGUUGAGACGGAAGCAGCUGUGCGGUGGAGAAACCCAAGAACCCGGGGUCAUGAAGCGGACCUGUAUCCAGGCGCUGGUGGGAGUCCUCUUCUUUGCUGCCCUCGUCCACCAGCUUCACGCAGAACUCGACUGCAGGAAAUAUCCCUUCUACUACCGCUGCCGGGGAAUCAGCGCCAAGCGUUCCUUCGCACCGAUUACAAAAAUGGAGGCGAUGUCCUUGAAAGAGCUCUACGAGGACGACGAUGGGUGGAAGAACCGGCGGAGACCAGUGGAUGCGGUCCUAGGCUGGGUGAGGAACAAGUAUGGCGACGACAUCUUCGACCCCGACGAACCCCUGGACGCCACUAGAGGCUCCUUCGAGCGGAAGGAGUUGUACUGACCGAGGCGCAGCUCUGUUGCGAGGCACCCCACCCGAUGCCAGUUUACAAGCCGCGAGAAUCGUGACAACAAAGUCGUCGUACACGCCCAAUCGUGUGCUUGGGUUUUCGAGUUACUAAACGUGGAAGCGGUGCUGCCACUUGCAAGGCCAGGCUUCUACAUUUCCCUUUUUCCGUAAAAACCUUAUAAUUUUUCCGCGGUUUUUUUUUUUUUUUUUUUUUUUGGGGGGGGGGGGGGGGGG